AUGUCCGCAGCCAACAAAAUCUUGCGAACAGCCAACGCUCCCCAAACUCCUCCUUCGGAGAUUGAGCAACAAAUCGCUCAAGCUUUCGUCGACCUCGAGCAAAACGUCCCAGAGCUCAAGUCCGAAUUGAGACAACUCGCUUUCUCCGAGGCUAGAGAGGUUGAUGUCAAAGGUGGAAAGAAGGCCGUCGUAAUAUUCGUCCCUGUCCCCAUGGCUAAGGCUUUCCACAAAGUCCAACAAAGACUUACCCGAGAGCUCGAAAAGAAACUCUCCGACAAAUACAUCGUCUUCCUUUCUCAACGACGAGUCCUCCCCAAACCUGCCCGAAACUCCUCCGCCGCCAAGAAACAAAAGAGACCUAGAUCUCGAACCCUCACCGCCGUCCACGAGAAGAUCCUCGAAGAACUCGUAUGGCCCAGUGAGAUCGUUGGUAAGAGAACCAGAGUUGCCCAAGAUGGUGGUAAAUUAAUCCGAGUCUUCCUCGACUCAAAAGACCAAAACAACCUCGAAUACAAACUCGACACCUUCUCCUCAGUCUACCGAACUCUUGCUGGUAAAGAUGUCCACUUCGAGUUCCCUGUACAAGCUGCCGAGUAG